AUGGAUAGGGGAGACAGACUGUUAAAUGAAAUAAUACUAUCCAAUUUGAACAAAGACAGUUUCAAAGAAAACUUGGAAGAACUGAGAUACGUCAGAAUGCUAUCAAAUGAUUACCAAAGAGAGUCAAACUUAAAUAAACUUCUCAACUUAAGAGAUAAGGUGAAAAAGAGGGAUCUCAUUAAACGGGAUGAUCGUAGGAGACUGCAGAGGCUCAGGUUAUGGGCAAGGGAGAAUGCAGGCAUCUUAUCAGCUGUUCUAAUUUCCUCAUCAGCUGUAAUCAUAGGACUGGUAGCAUCAACUAGAAACAUAUUGUGGAAAGUAGGUGACACAACAGAAAAGCUCGAUAAGCGGAUCAGUGAGUUGGUAAACCACCAAAUAGAACUAUAUUUCAGAACCUGUAUUUCAGAAGAUAGCCGAUGGAGUAGAGUUAGCAGCGGAUAAUAUAUGGAUAAUCAUUGUAUGUGCAGCAGCAGUUUUACUAUACAAAUACAACUAAACAUUACAUAUUGUAUACAAGUAUGAAUACCACAGAAAGAGAACUCCAACCUGGCUUCAGGAGGAGUCGUAUUGCAUCCGUAAAAGGUCCCUGAACUAGAAGUGUUGUAACUUUUAAUCCAACAACCAUUAGCCCAGGUGAAGAGCUGUACAUUAACAUCCCCAAACUAAAGCCUGACUCUUGUUUAGUCCCAGGAUCGUUUGCACUAUUAUUUGACUUCAAAAAUUCCAAUACAAAAAGCCGCUUUAAUAACAACCUGUCUAAGUUAAUAGCUAAACGUCUUCAGAUUAAAGUAGCAGGUGAAACAGCUUAUGGCUGUUCAGGAGAGAGUUUGUACGAAAUAUACAAAGAUCUAUGGCUAACACUAGGUGACAGAAAGAAGAUGACUGAACAGGGCUUGCAAGCGAGAAUCUUAGGAAGCUGA